AUGGGCAAGUUGAAUUUCUUGCUUCUGGCUGGCCUCGCCGCCAAGCUGGUCGCCGCCAAGGACGUCCAUCUCGAAUGGAACGUUACUUGGGUCAACGCCUCGCCGGAUGGAUAUGAACGGCCUGUGAUUGGUAUCAACAACCAAUGGCCCUGCCCACAAGUGGAUGUCGAAUUUGGUGACCGGGUCAUUGUGGACGUAUACAACGGACUGGGUAACCAGUCGACGGGUGUUCACUGGCACGGUUUCCAUCAAUAUCACACUGGUGUCAUGGAUGGUUCCAGCUCCGUGACCCAAUGUCCUAUUCCUCCCGGCUCGCACAUGCAAUAUUCCUUCUAUGUUAAAAAGGCUAAUCAAACUGGAACCUAUUGGUAUCACUCGCACAACAUGGGACAAUACCCGGAUGGAUUCCGUGGCGCAUUCAUUGUUCACGACCCCAAGCCGCCAUUCCACUAUGAUGACGAGUUCACUAUUACUCUCAGCGAAUGGUACCACCGCGAAAUGGCCGAUCUGCUCCACGAGUAUCUAUCAGAGGAGAACUUGCAAGCCUUUGCUGGUAACGAGCCUGUCCCCAACUCGGCUCUGAUCAAUGAUUCUACCAACACCAAGAUCAAGGUCGAGCCUAACAAGACCUAUCUUGUGCACAUUAUCUGUGUUGGCAACUGGCCCGGUCAUACCUGGGUUUUGGACGGCCACGAGAUGACUGUUGUCGAAGUUGAUGGUGUAUACACUGAACCCUAUACUGUGGGCAGCAAGAUGCUUCGUGUUGCUCCUGGCCAGCGCACAAGUGUCUUGAUCCACACGAAGCCUGACGCCAGCGAGAACUUUGCCAUCUGGGACACCAUGGAUAUCAACAUGAUGUUCAUCUACGAGAACCGGACCAUUCCUGAAAACUACAACCCCAACGUCACUGCCUGGCUGGUGUACGACGAGGCGAAGCCCCUGCCCCCUCCCCCUGUUCUGUACGAGUUCGACUUUGCGGACGACGUCGCUUUCGUUCCUCUCGACAAGGAGCCUCUGCUCCAGCCUGUGAACAAGCAGAUUAUCAUCGAUACCUCCUCCACAGAGAUCAACGGUAUCCGGCGCUUCACCAUCAACAACAAGACCUAUAUUCCCCAGGAGGUCCCUACCCUGUACACUGCCAACACAAUCGGCAAAGACCUCGCGUCUAACCCAGAGGUCUACGGUCAAGUCAACCCCUUCGUGGUCAACUACGGCGACGUCGUCGAGAUCGUCAUCAACAACCACCACGACAACUUGCACCCGUGGCAUCUACACGGCCACGAGUUCCAGGUCCUGGAGCGCACAGGCGUUGAUGGCGGUUACUUUACCGGUGCCUACUCCGCGAACAUCUCGCAAACUCCCAUCCGCCGUGAUACGAUCAUGGUCCAGAACUACGGCCAUGCCGUGCUGCGCUUCCGCGCGAAUAACCCCGGCGUCUGGUUGCUGCACUGCCACAUCGAAUGGCACGUCGAGGCUGGUCUCGUCGCUACGAUUAUCGAGGCUCCUGAGACAUUCCCGGAGUCGCAGCAUGCUCCGCCCCAGAGCCACUAUGAUUCUUGUGCUGCCUAUCCUGACCCUUUUAAUGGCAAUGCUGCGGGCAAGAAGGGUCUUGAUUUGUCUGGUGCGAAUACUGAGGUUGAGACUGAUACCUAUGGUGCUAUGUAUAACCACACGGGUGAUGUUGCGGCUGCUCCAUCUGCUCCAUCUGCUUCGUCUGCCCCUGCUGUGGCUGCUUCUUCUGCGCCUGCUCCUGUUCCUGAGAAGCCUCAGACUACUUCGGUGCCGCCACCUCCUGCUGCUACUGCUCCUGAGUAUACCCAGGCACCUCCUCCUGCUGCCAUUGCACCCGAGCAUACCUGGGUGCCUCCUCCUGGGCAGGGUCCGAUACCUACGCCUACUCAUCAUAUUCGUCCACCGCCUCAUCAGCAGCCGGCACAUGAGGCCCCGGCCCCGGAAGCUCCCUCGCGGCCCGCGCCACAGGCCCCAGCUCUCCAGCAGGAGGCACCCGCACCGCAAUGCCCCGUUGCUCAUGUGCCAGCUCCCCAGGAGCCAGCUUCUCAGCAGGAGACACCCGCACCGCAGCCUCCCGUUCCUCAAGUGCCAGCUCCCCAGGAGCCAGCUCCUCAAGGAAUGCCCGAGUACCCUGAGUAUCCUACACCGGAGCCCGCGGAAGGUGUGCCCGUCUACCCCGUGCCACUGGCACCACCCCCGCCCGACGAGCCAAUCUACGUGCACGAGCACGAUAGCAACGGCCCUUGGCCUCGGCCUCACACAGACGAGAGCCAUGCCCAAGCUGGCGAUGGGCCGGAUGCUGACUACGCCCACUCGGAGGAUACCAAGGGUGCCUGGCCCAACCCGCACAGCGACAAGUCCGACGCACAGAUUGGUGACGGUCCUGAUGGACAGCCUAUCAUCGCUCACAACGAUGAUACCAAGGGCCUGUGGCCUAAUCCCUACGAGAACAACGGCUACGUCAAGGCUGGUGACCAUGUUAUCGAGACUCACGACAAUGGUCCCAACGAUCUUCCUCAGGGAUACGAGUACUGGCAGCAGUACGAGCAUUAG